AUAAAAAUAAAAAAUCCUCGGACAAAAGAACAAGAUGCAGGGCACCUAACGUUCAUGGCUUCCAUUUCCUUGACACGACAGAGGCAUCUCCAAACAAAACGUCAAAACAGGUCCAGAUAUUUUCAGACAACCUUAUGAAAGCCCAAUGAAAGUAAUGAUCCAUCUCGACCCUCAAGAGACUAUAAUUCCAUUCCACUCUAUAAAUCUCUGCUCGAAUCACCCACAACCAAUCUCAGAAACAGACCAAAAAUGGAAGAAAACCAGACCAGAGAAUCCAUAAAAGAAGAGCUUCCAGGAUUCGUAACGCUCUACCAAAAUGGGUCAAUUAAAAGGGAGGAAAGCACAAAUAUACUGACCAGUAAAGUGCCCUGCAACCCGGAUUGCUUCGAAAAUGGCGUUACCACCACGGACAUAACACUGGAUCAGACUACAGGUCUGUGGGCACGGAUCUUUCUGCCAGAGGAAAGUCCCACUGGUAAAGCCAAGUUACCGAUCGUUUUGUACUUCCAUGGAGGGGGUUUCUGCACAGGGGAUCCCGCAUGGCAAAUGUUCCAUGGGCUCUGCUCUCGCCUGGCCGCCGCAACAGGAUCGAUUUGGGUUUCAGUCGCUUACAGGCUCGCCCCUGAACACCGCUUGCCCGCCGGAUGUGAAGAUUGCAUUGCGGCUCUGGCCUGCCUUGGACGACCCGGGUUCGAACCCCUCUCCUCCCGCGGGGACCUGGAGCUCUGCUUCUUGGCCGGGGACAGUGUGGGAGGAAAUCUGGCACAUCAGGUGGCGAUUUCUGCGGCUCAGAGCGGCGGAUCUGGGGGGGUUAAAAUUUUGGGGGUGAUUUUGAUGCAUCCGGGAUUUAUCAAGGAGGAGAGGAGUCGAUCGGAGAUUGAGAAUGGGCCGGAAUUAGCUCUGGUUUCGAUUGAGGCGGUGGAGAAGGGAUCCAGGCUUUGUCUGCCGGAGGGCACGGAUAAGGAUUAUUAUGUCAUGAAUCCGUGGAUCCCAAGCAUUAGGGAAGUUGUGGUUCCUCCUGUGCUUGUUAUUGUGGGGAAGAAGGAUAUCUUUUAUGACAGACAGAUUGAGUAUUGCAGAGAAAUGAAACGAGUUGGGCAAGAUGUGGAGCUUGUGGAGUAUCCGGAAAUGGGGCAUUGCUUUCUUAAUUACCCACAGAAUGAAAGUUGCCCGAAGGCCAAGGAUCUUGUACACAAAGUUAUGCAAUUUAUGGACAAGUGUCGGUUACAGGCAGAAAGUUGCAGGGCACAAAAUGUCGGUGUUGCAGAGGCCAUUCCAUCUUAAAAGUGAAGAGCAGGAGGUAGGUUUGUUUUGAUCGGUUGAAACAAGUUAGGAUACAUGCAUGUCAAAAUUUUUGUUUUUAUAUAGCAGAUUAUAAAGCAUACAUCUAAAGCCCAAGUCCUUUUUGGCUAAGUGGUCAUGUGAAGAGGGUUGAGUCCGUCAAAUCCAUUCAUUGUGUUCGUCGUUUUUAUUAUGUUGUGUAUAAGCAUAAUUGUGAAAUUAGAUUAAAAGUGAAGAGCAGGGCAAGGAUGUAGGUUUAUUUCUUUUCGUCGGAAAUAAGUCGAAAUACAUAGAUGUCGGUAUCUCUAUUUUUAUAUAGCAGAUUGUAAUAAUUUGAGUAAGCAUACAUCUAUAUCACAAGUCGUCUUGGGCUAAGUAGCCACGUGAUAGGAAGCAUACAUAUAUACCACAAGUCGUCUUAGGCUAAGUAGCCACAUGAGAGGGAUCGAGUUCCUCAAAUUCACUCAUUGUGUAUUAAAUCCACUCAUUGUGUUUGUCAUUUUUAUUAUGUUGUGUAUAAACAUAAUUGUGAAAUUAGAUUAAUAGGGGUUUUUUUAUA